GUAUAAUUUCCUCCUGCAUCUCUGCACAAUGGACACCAUACUGGUUAUUGGGGGAGGCAUUGCUGGAUGCACAUGUGCCGUCGAAGCAUUGCGGUUGUCUCCUUCUUCGAAUGUCACCUUGGUUUCCCCAUCACCAACGCUGAGGACCGUGGAAGCAAUCGAACACGUAACACCACUGCUUGGAAUCGUCCACGUGGGGGAUAGGUCCUCCGACGACUUCGCUGCUGAACACGGCGUACGGAUGAUUUGCGAUGAGGUGGUUGCUCUGGAUCAUGUUCGAAGUCAGGCACAACUGGCCAGCGGGGGGAUCCUUACUUUUUCCAGAUGUUGUGUUGCGACGGGAGCAUCGCCUGCUCUUGUAGCACAAGCAACACCUCGGUACUUUGGGAUUCGGGACACGGAGAGUGUGGAAAAUCUGCGCGAGCGGCUGGUGGACGCUAAAAGAGUGCUGGUCGUCGGCAAUGGGGGCCUUGCCUUGGAGCUUGUGCACUUUCUUGCUUCGACACAGGCUUGCCAGGUUGUGUGGGCGGUGCGCAACUCCUACAUUGGCAAUACCUUCUUCGACGCAAGCGCUUCGGCAUUCUUCGUCCAGCACGUUUCAACAGAAACAACAUGUUCUAGAUCCGAGCCGUCAGCCAAGACAGGUACACCCACCGGGGUCUCCGACGAAAAAUCCAUCCCGAAAGCCAGCGUUGGGCCCGAUUGGUUGAAGACAUUGGCUACUCAAGCAGGAACAUCUGAAGAGGACCGGAACACGACUUCUCAAAAUCCGCUGCUUGACAUACAGUUUGAGUGCGAGCUUGGUGGAAUUUGCGAGCGUGGAGAAGACAGCAGUGAUCUUUACCCAGUUUCAGCAACGCUAACCAACGGGAGGCGUGUUGAAUGUGACUUUGUUGUCUCAGCUACUGGUGUGCGGCCCAACACCGGUAUCAUCUCGUCUGACUUCAAGAGAGGCCCAGAUGGGGGUUUGUGCGUGGACGAGAUGAUGAGAGUGGUACGCUGUGGGGGCGGGAUUGAGAAGGAAGGAGACGUUGAGAACAACAUAUUUGCAGCGGGAGACUGUUGCUGUCUUGAGCGAAAUGAAGAUCACUGGUUCCAGAUUCGACUUUGGCGGCAAGCGAGAGACAUGGGACUGUACGCCGCCAAGUGCAUCACUGGCUCUCUGGAUGAACUGAGCCGUGGGGGCGUUUUCGAGCUCUUCGUACAUGCCACACGUUUUUUUGGCUUCAAGGUGGCUCUUUUGGGGCGAUUCAAUGGUCAAGGCCUAGGCCCCUCCGUCCAAGACCUCAUCAGCAACCACGAGUUACAAGAGGGUCCCAGCGGCAUCGGUGUCAAGCAUGGCGUCACCAGCACUCCAGAAUGCCGUCACGAGUCAAUCCACAUCAAACGGGCAACCUCGGAGUCGAUUCGAAUUUUGAUCCGUACCACGCCAGGGGUGGAGUAUGUCAAGGUGGUAUUGGUGGGCGGGCGUGUGAGAGGAGCCAUGCUCGUGGGUGACACGGGUCUGGAAGAGACUUUCGAGAACUUAAUUCUCAGUGAGACCGACAUCUCACAUAUUGGAGAUAAUCUGUUAACUCGUGAAGUGGAUAUCGAGGAUUUCUUUGACUAG